GAGUCGCGAUUUAGUUGUCCGCUAAAAGUUAUUAUAACUUUUUUUUUUUGCCUGAAAGGAUUGUCACACACACUCACACAGUUGUGAGACAUUAAUUUUUUUUUAAAUUUAGUUUUGUUGUAAAAAUAGAAAAAGAAAAAAACAAAAUGAAAUUAUUUUUAUGUGCCAUUGCUGUGACGCUUUAUGUGGCGGCGACAAGUGCAGCUGACUUCGAGUGCCCAAAACCCAAUGGCCAAUUUGCGGAUGAGGUGCAGUGCGACAAAUACUUUGAAUGCUCUGAGGGCGUACCCAAGGCGCAUCUGUGUCCCGAUGGCCUCGUCUUUGAUCCGCUCAAUCGCAAGUUCAACAAGUGCGAUCAGCCCUUCAAUGUAGACUGUGAGGAUCGGACGGAGUUGCAGGAGCCCAAGUCGAGCAAGUAUUGUCCACGCAAGAACGGAUUCUUUGCGCAUCCGGAUGCGAGCGUUUGCAAUCUCUUUUACAAUUGCAUUGAUGGCGAUGCCCUGGAGAUGAAGUGCACCGUCGGUCUGCACUUUGAUGAGUAUUCUGGCACCUGUGUCUGGCCCGACACCGCCAAGCGUGAGGGUUGCGGCGAUCCAGAGAAAAAAUCGGAGAGCGGUUUCACCUGCCCCAAAGAUCAGCCAAAGUCAGAUUUACGCGGCCAAGUGGUGACACAUCCCAGAUAUCCACAUCCCACCGAUUGCCAGAAGUUCUAUGUAUGUCUGAAUGGCGAGGAUCCGCGCGAUUUGGGCUGCCAGCUGGGCGAGGUCUACAACGAUGAAAGCGAGAUGUGCGAUGCGCCCGAGAAUGUGCCCGGCUGUGAGGAUUGGUACAAGGAGACCGAUGAUAAGAAUUAAGCCGGACGCACUGCCGUGUGCCACCCGCCGAUAAACAACGCACAGCCGCACAUCCUCUUCACCCAUUGCCCCCAAAACGCGCGUCUACAACAGAUACCCAAAAUGAGAGAGACACACACAUACACAUACACACACACAUACAUGCACAGACACAGAAAAAGACACAGUUAGACUUGGACUUGGACAGCAAGACAUACGGAGCCUGGAGCCGGAGGCAAAAUUGGAGCCACUGGCCGGACGCGCGUAGUAGUCACUAAAACUUAGUAGUUUGUAGCCUAUUCCUAUAGCGCGUAUGUGUAGCACUUAAUUUCCAAAACUUUUUACUUAAUACUCGAUACUCGUUGCUCGUUACUCGCUACUUUGUCCUAACGAACAACGAGUAUCAUACUUUCUUCUCUCUUCUCUGUUAAGCUUUUUUACUCACUCUUUCUGUAUCUUUUAUUCUAUCUACAAUCUUCUGUUUUCCUCUGUACUGUCUACUUUCUAUCUAUGAUCUUAACUUCUAUAUGACUCUUUGUGUAUAUAUUUCCUCUUUCAUUUACUAUCUAUUAAUUAAUAUACAAAAUCAGAAAAAUAACAAACCAUCUGUGCUGUUUUACAUUUCCUUUCUACUACUAUCUAUUUUCUUAAAUAUUGUAUCUA